AUGGGUAACACUUCUGCUCUCUCGACGUCGGCUGCUGUGGAAGUGUGUAUUGUGAAUAUCAAUGGUGCAACAUGCAGUGGAAAGUCUACACUCGCAGAGUAUUUGUGUCAAAGAUUUAAUAGUCCUAUAGGUCCUAUCGGACAAGAUCAUUUCAUUACUAACAACAUUCCGAUAUUUAAAAAGCACAUUCUACAUGACGAUCAAAACGUGCAGCUAUCAGAUACGAAAUCCAUGUUUCGGGAAUGGCCAAAUUAUGAAUGUGAGCAGAGCAUUAAUUUCGUCCGUUUUGAACAGGUCAUCAAAACAGCACGUGAGAUCAUUCUAAGCCAACAUCAUGAUCUUGAACAAAUGAAACGACAAUUUAUGGAACUAGGCUACACAUUUUGGAAUGAAAAUUUUGAUCCCUCUCAAACAUUGAUGAUUUCAAACAAGAAAGUUUAUUUAAUUGUUGUUGAAGGAUUUUUAUCAUGUUGUAGUUUUAAUCUCAUGUGCAAUUUAUUUGACAUUAAUAUUUAUUUAAAUGCCUCAAAAGACUUGUGUCUUAAAAGACGAUCUUGGAGAGAUCAAAACAAAGAAUUAUCACAGGUCUCAAAAGAAUUUAUAUCGUGGUUCAAUGAGCUUGUUUGGCCAUUCCAUCAAUUAUAUAGAACUAGACAGCUUUCGAAUAUCAUCAAAUCAGGAAGACCAUUUUUAUGUCUCAAUUCGAAAGAUGAUAUUGAGGAGUUACAAGGAACAAAUGAGGAAAAAUUAAUUGAUAAGGUCUCAAGUUUUAUUAACGACUUGUUAAUGAAUAGAGGAGAGUCACUAUCACUCAUGCAUCAUGAGCUUCCUGACUGGUUUGAUUUGAACACGAAUUACGAAGAGAGUGAAAAAGAAUUAGAACAAUUUCUCUUCUCCCAUCACAUUAAAUAG